ACUCCACUUGAAAAAACAAGAAGCUAUGUUGUCCCAUAUUCUGCAGAAUAUUACGGCAGCAGCUCCGUCUCCCGUCUUUAAUCUCCCUUCCGGUCUAGCUUUCGACGAAUCUACACCGCCAUGGAUGAGCAAAGCCGAUAACGCAUGGCAGUUAAUAGCAGCAACGUUCGUCGGUCUGCAAAGUAUUCCCGGGCUCAUACUUUUAUACGGCGGCGGAGUUAAAAAGAAAUGGGCGGUCAACUCAGCUUUCAUGGCGCUGUACGCUUUUGCAUGCGUGCUUUUCUGUUGGGUUAGUUGGGGUUACAGAAUGGCUUUUGGUGAUAAGCUAGUACCCUUUUGGGGGAAAGCUAAUAUUGCGUUGGAUCAACAGUUUCUUCUUGAUCAGGCGUUUUUUGGGAAGUUUCCGAGUGGGACGAUGGUGUUUUUUCAGUCUGUUUUUGCUGCCAUUACUUUGAUUUUGAUUGCGGGUGCUUUGCUUGGGAGGAUGAAUUUUUAUGCUUGGAUGAUGUUUGUGCCUCUUUGGCUUACGUUUUCGUAUACUUUUGUGGCGUUUAGUAUUUGGUGCCCUAAUGGGUUUUUAUUCAAGAAUGGCUUAAUUGAUUAUUCCGGGGGCUACGUCAUUCAUUUAUCUGCCGGAGUUGCUGGCUUCACAGCUGCUUAUUGGGUUGGUCCACGACUAACCAAGGACAGAGAAAGAUUUCCUCCAAACAAUAUCAUCCUUAUGUUAUUUGGGGCAGGAUUGCUAUGGAUGGGUUGGACCGGAUUCAAUGGAGGAGACCCUUAUGCAGCAAGCACUGAUGCUGCAUUAGCCGUCAUGAACACCCACGUCUGUACUGCUUCUAGCUUACUUACUUGGAUUCUUCUCGAUAUCUUCUAUUUUGGCAAAGCUUCUGUUAUUGGUGCUGUCCAAGGCAUGAUCACUGGUUUAGUCUGCAUCACUCCUGCCGCUGGGAUUGUGCAAGGAUGGGCAGCAAUUCUAAUGGGAAUAUGUUCAGGUUCAAUUCCUUGGUUUACCAUGAUGGUCGUGCACAAAAAGUCCGAACUUCUUCAAAAAGUUGACGACACAAUGGCGGUUUUGCACACUCACGCCAUCGCAGGAAGCCUCGGCGGAAUCCUGACAGGCCUUUUUGCAGAGCCAAGACUGUGUUAUUUGUUCGGCGGAUCAUACGCACAUUAUGUCGGCCUGUUUUAUGGUUUUCAAAUGGGAAAAGCUCGGGACGGAUUUCGACAGAUAGGAAUUCAGCUUCUGGGAAUAGUUUUUGUGGUUCUUGUGAAUGUGAUUGCUACGAGUAUAAUUUGUCUGCUAAUUCAACUUGUGGUGCCACUGAGAAUGUCUGAUGAAGAUAUGGAGAUUGGCGAUGAAGCUGUUCAUGGGGAAGAAGCUUAUGCUAUAUGGGGUAAUGGAGAUAGGCAUGAGAAUUCUUGGUAUAUCAAUGAAACUGAGUUGCCGGUUACAAGAAGAAAAAAUGCUACUACUAAACUUCAGAUGACAUAGUCAAAUUAUAUAUUCUGAGAAGAAUAUGACGUGAUGAUGCAUUGAGACUCUUAAGUGUUUGCAUAAAUGCUUAUCACUUUACUCAUUUUCUUUUUCUUUUUCUUUUUUAUUUCAAGAAAUAAUAUGAUGCACCUUUGUCAA